GACAAGGGCGGGGGCUGACUCCUAUUCUCCUUCCCUCCCUCCUCUUGCUCUCUUUCCAAGUUUCUGCUCCUCCCUCCUUCUCACAAACUUUCCCGUCGCUCUUGCUCGGCUCCCGGCUCGCUCCUCUCGGGUACGCGGCGGAUUCGUUUAGCCUGCCAAGCCCGUCGCUUCGACCCUGCCCCGCUGCUCUUGUCACGUCCACCCCGCGGACCGAACCGGACCUUCAAAGCGGCGGCGGCAGCGGCGGCGGCGGGGGGGAUAGGCACCCACCCUUUCCCGGACGGAGGACUGAGCUGACGAAUUGCCUUUUGGGGCUCAGGGUCAGAGCCCAGAGCAGCCAUCACAAUAGCGUCCAACAGCUGGAACACCAGCGGCAGCCCUGGGGAGGGGCGAGAAGAUGGACAAGAGGGAAUGGACAAAAGUCUGGACAAUGAUGCCGAAGGAGUGUGGAGUCCAGACAUUGAACAGAGCUUCCAGGAGGCACUGGCAAUAUAUCCGCCCUGUGGUCGGCGGAAGAUUAUCCUCUCAGAUGAAGGCAAAAUGUAUGGACGCAAUGAACUGAUAGCAAGAUACAUCAAGCUACGGACAGGGAAGACAAGGACUAGAAAACAGGUGUCCAGCCAUAUACAGGUUCUAGCUCGGAAGAAGGUGCGAGAGUACCAGGUUGGCAUAAAGGUCUCUAGCCACUUGCAGGUUCUAGCAAGACGGAAAUCUCGUGAGAUUCAGUCCAAGCUGAAGGCUAUGAACCUGGAUCAAGUCUCAAAGGACAAGGCUUUGCAGAGUAUGGCUUCCAUGUCUUCGGCACAGAUUGUAUCUGCCAGUGUCCUGCAGAACAAGCUGAGUCCUCCUCCUCCACUCCCUCAGGCUGUCUUCUCUGCUGCUCCCAGGUUUUGGAGUGGGCCUAUCCCAGGACAGUCUGGAUCUUCUCAGGACAUUAAACCUUUUGCACAACCAGCCUACCCCAUUCAGCCACCCAUGCCUCCAUCACUAGCCAGCUAUGAGCCCUUGGCUCCUCUUCCACCUUCUGCCUCAGCUGUGCCAGUCUGGCAGGACCGAACGAUUGCCUCUGCCAAGUUGCGGCUCCUUGAGUAUUCAGCAUUCAUGGAAGUACAGCGUGACCCUGAAACGUAUAGCAAACACCUUUUUGUGCAUAUCGGACAGACGAAUCCCUCAUACAGUGACCCACUCCUGGAAGCAGUGGACAUACGCCAGAUUUAUGACAAAUUUCCUGAGAAAAAAGGUGGCCUGAAAGAACUCUAUGAGAGAGGACCCCAAAACUCCUUUUUCCUUGUCAAGUUUUGGGCGGAUCUGAACAGCACUAUACAGGAUGGUCCUGGUGCUUUUUAUGGUGUAAGCAGUCAAUAUAGCAGUGCUGAAAACAUGACCAUCACAGUCUCCACUAAAGUGUGCUCCUUUGGAAAACAAGUUGUUGAAAAAGUGGAGACUGAAUUUGCUCGGAUGGAGAAUGGAAGAUGUGUGUAUCGAAUCCAUCGGUCUCCCAUGUGCGAGUAUAUGAUCAACUUCAUCCAUAAACUGAAACAUCUUCCAGAAAAAUACAUGAUGAAUAGUGUCCUGGAGAAUUUCACCAUCCUACAGGUUGUUACAAACAGAGAUACCCAGGAAACAUUACUUUGCAUAGCGUUUGUUUUCGAGGUAUCAACCAGUGAGCAUGGAGCUCAGCAUCAUGUGUACAAGUUGGUCAAAGACUAAAGGCCCCUGUGGGUUGACUGGACAAUUUAAAGAAGAGGGAGGAAAGAGAAGUCUUGUCAGAGAAGCCACCUCUAUAGGAUGCCUUGACACACAUCCUUUGAAAAUGAACAAAGAAAAAAAAAUGCCAAAAAAAUGACUUUCACAAUCACAGAUGUUUUCUACUUAGGAACAUUUUGAACAAACAAACAGAAAAAAAGCAUUACAAGAAAGCAUAAAGUGAAAGGAGAAUUGUAUCUGGAGGUAGCAGGAAGAACUGAUCUUGGGGGCUAGGUCAUCAGUAUUUCAGGAGAUGUCGGUGCCAAGGUCUGGUACCUCUUGAUGCCUUCCCAGCAACAGAAUGCUAACAGCAUCUGGUGAAACGAGACUCUUGUUAAUAUCCAUAUGUGCCUAUGUUUUCCAUGCCAAAUUCCAGAUUCUGUCCUAGUGGCUUUGAUCUACCGAGAACAAUUAACAUGGGCAGGCUGAAGAUGCUUGUUCUAAGAAAGGUGGGAAAUCUGAUGCUGCCUUUGAACCGAUCUAGUCCCUGAGGAAGAUAAUGAAUUUUUUUUUAAAAAAAAAAUCUCUUGAUUCAGUCUGUGUGCAGUACCAACAUAGGGAGUUGGGGCAACAUGGGGAGUUGUUGGUUAAUUAUAAGGAAAUAACUUUAUUCCCUCAAUACUCUGGGCAUUUUAAAUACAGGAUUACUGCAUCGUCCCACCUCCCCACCCAAGCUGAGAAGCUGGUGGAAGGCUUCUGCUGAUGAUUAUGACAAAAAGUGUGGCAAUUUUGUCCCAGAUGCUUGAAUAGAAGAGAUGAGUAAUAGUAGUAUGAGAUUGGGGGAGGGGAAGAAGUCAAGGGUAUGAAUUUGCAAGAGAGAGAGACUGACUGACUGACUGACUGACUGACUGACUGACUGACUGACUGACUGACUUGGAAAAAAAGAACGAGAACCCCAGCAAGCAAAAGAAGGUCUUAAAAGUAUUUGUGGGAUAUUAUAAGUUAGAGUAUGUAUUAGAAGAAGGAGGGCACUGGGAGGAAAGCAGAUCAGGUAAUAAUGAAAUUAACAGUCUGACUAGGCUAGGGGAAUUGCGAGAUAGCUGUCUUAAGGCAGUGUCUUUCAACCUUAACAACUUUCAAGAUUUUGCAAACAACUGGCUGGGGAAAUCUGGGAGCUGAAGUCCACACAUCUUAAAGUUGCCAAGGUUGAGAAACAUUGGCAUAAUGGUCUAGGGAAAUGUUUGGGCUGGCUAAGGCUUAGUAAUUUGGACAUAUUCCGAUACGUCUGUGGGAAUUUAACAACUCUCAUAAGCUAUUUCUCUUUUCUUUUUGUUUUUACAUUUGCCUUGCCAAAAACAUGGGAAAAGCAUAGACCAAAGCAUUAUUCUGGUGAGGUAUUAAUUUCUCUUCUGCUUCUGUGCUAGUCACAGAAAAAGGGGCAGAAUCUAAUUAUCCAGGUACAUUUUCCCCAUUCUGUAUUACAUAUCUUUCCCUGGCAAAUUCUUGCAUGGUUUACUAGUAUCAAAAUAAUUAAGGAGAUACUGAAAGACAAAAUGCAGUCCCACGUCACUUGAAAGCUGUAUUGUUUCUUGCUGAAAAUGCUGACGUUUAAGUCUAAACACAGGCCUCUGAUUUUAAACAUAGAGUUUAACAUAGUUGCCUUCUAAUUUAGAUUGGUGCUUUUAGGAAUUCUGUUACAGAAAAUAGCGUCAAGAUCAUCAUGCAUGGCAUCUCCUGGACUGAGGCCCAUAACUUUCAACUAUACCCUGUCUAACUAUUAGCAUGUAGUUUUGAGUAGUAGAGGAUUUAACAGAAUGUAUGAUUUUUGCCUGUCCCUACCAUUGAGUCUCUAUCACUGAGCUUUUCCUAACUUGUUCUACGGGUUGUUGUUUUUUUUUUACUUAAACAAAAAGCACCUCUUCUUGUCCAAUUCCUUCUGAUCAACCUAGCAAGACUAACCCCUAGACCAGUGUUUCUCAACCUUGGAAGCUUGAAGAUGGGCGGACUUCAACUCCCAGAAUCCCCCAGCCAGCAACGCUGGCUGGGGGAUUCUGGGAGUUGAAGUCCACCCAUCUUCAAGCUACCAAGGUUGAGAAACACUGCCCUAGACCAUUGAACUUUCCCAAAGCCAGUAGAAUUCUGAUGGAGGAAUUCCCAAGCAGGUACUUGGGAAAGGGGCACACUACAAGGCAAGGCAAGGGUGUGACUGUUGGAAAAGGGAGCACAGGAGGUUACUCCUUUCUAGAACGAUUUGGAAUGCACAGGUCAAAGCCUUCCGCUAUUAUUUUUUUCAUGCUUGGGUAUCUGUCCCACUUUAAAUGGAGGGUUGGGUUUUUUUUUUAAGGUGCUGUAAGGAGACAUUUCAUCACAAUGAAAUGUUAUUUUCACCAUAGUAUUAUUAGCAUGUAUGGAGGGCAGCCCCCAAAGAGACUGUGAAAAGUAGAUGGGAAAUUUCAGAAUAAAAAUACGUUAAAACAGAUGAGUUGUGAAUUUAGUUCAUGGCACUGGGUCACAUAAUAUUCAGGUUAAACUUCUGCCUUAACAUUGGUUAUUCCUUCUUUUUCAAGGGGUUUUGUGAUUGGGGGGGAGGUGUCAUUUUUGCCACUGUCUUGUCUGUCUGUCUGUCUGUCUGUCUGAGAGGGUAGAUAGUAGAUUUGUUUUCAUAAAAUCAUGAUCUCUUUUUCAUAACUGACGUGGGCCUUGUUUUCACUAUUGGCCUGUAUGACCACUACAUUACUGAUCUAGUACCGUUUUCACUACCUGAAUGGUCAGCUUUUGCUGGAAGGACCAGUACAAAGGCACUGGCUAAUUCAGUGUUUGAUCAGAAGAAUAAGAAUGUUCCUAAGAGCCAUUGGACUGUUGUUUGAGUGACACAUGCAACUCCAGGUGGCAACGUAAGAAAAACUGACAGAGUCGUUUCCCAACCCUUUGAAGGAUGUUUUAAAUUCAAGUAAGAUUGUGGGGUCUCCCCCCCAUGAAUUGAUUGUAAUUGAUUCCACCCAAGAACUUCUAGAUAACUCCAUUACAAUGUUAGAACAAACACUCCUUUUUGUAUUAAGGAGUUCCCAAGGUGGUCACACUAAUGGAAUGGUACACAGAAAUGGAAUUUGUAGAGAAUCAAGUCACAAUUUGCUCAGAACUGUGCCUUAUUUUGCAACGUGUUGUGUUCUGGAGAGAUGAGCAACAUAACGUGCUGAAAAUUAUAUCAAGCAAUGCCAAGUGGAAAUCAUGUUUCUCCUUUCCUCCUCGCCUCAUGUUAAUUCUGCUCCACUGUCCUUGGUAAAUUGAAUGUUCCUCAUGUGUUGUUUGGGCAAACUGGUCACUGUGAUGCCACAACCUUCCAGUCCUAAAUGUUACCCUUAGGAAGAAUUGACUGGACAAUAAAUGCCAGCUUUGACAUUCAGGUACGUUUUGAGAUUCCUCAAGCAUUUGGGGAGAGAGGUACAGCAUCCUUGGUAUCAAAUAAUAGCUAUUACAGCUAAUAUGGGAGAAGGUAAAAUCAAUAGAGCCUGGGAUGUUGAAUUCCUUUUUGUUUCAGCCCUCAGCAUCUAUAAGGACAGGAGUGCUGGCUGAUUUAUAUGUAGCAUUUUUCAUUCCUAAAUGAAAAAUUCUAGGAAUUAAGAUUAAACUUUCCCUAUUCUCAUUAGCUCAUGUAUAAUAAAAUAAUCUUCUGUUAAAAAAGAUGUGGGGAGAACAAAGGUCUUUAUGUAAACGCAGGUUCUUGUAUUACACUGACAAUCAUCAGCUAAAGCCUUUCAAAUAGGCCUCCUCUUAAACCAGACUGUUACAUUUCUCUUCCUUUUUAGUCCUCCCAUGCUAUAAUAUUAGAUUUUCUAUCCUCAGCUUUCCUCUUCAGAUUCCCCUCCACCCCUGGCCUCAACUUUCAGGUAGAUUUAUACUUACAAGUGCCUAUUUGGUAUCCUCAGAUAGUGACAGCAAGCUUAAGGAAAGAAUGUCAAGAAUGCUUCAUGAAUGUUUCUUAGUUGGAUAUACCACAAAUCUCAACAACCAACUCUCCCCCACAUCCUAUGUAUUUAUGAAUUUCACAUGAAGUACUGUUUUAUUUUUUUAAAGACUUUGUAAAACCUACCAGGGUUAUGGUCACCUUUUUUUAGAGCUCUGUCAGUCCACAAUGUAAAACCAUUUUUAUGUAUUAUAUUUUGUGUAUUUUUUUUAAUCCAGUUGUGAUGGGUUGUAUCAUAUAUUAUUGUGUUUACUGUAUGUCCAUCUUCAACUAGAUGAGACAGUGGAGCUUCUAGAAAGCUAUGGUCUGCUGAAAACUAUUAAACUUAUUGUUCAUGGGUUGGCUCAAAAACCUUUUUGCAUUUGUAUUUUUGCUUUCUUGUUUGUUCACAGCAUAUUUUCAAGAAGCAGCUUUAGUCUGACUCUUGAUUUGAUCCACAUUUAGCCAUAACAUAAUUUAACUUUGUGUUUUAUAUGUUCCAUUGAUUUCAAUGGGUUUGCUUUUAUAUAUAAGUAAGUCUCAAGCUACCGUACUAUUUUAUCCAUAAUGUUCUACCAGGCACAUUCUGUAAAAUUCUGUGUGUAUCCCGUUUAGGCUUCAAUUUCCUGCACAAGGGAAAAAAUGCACUGCAUUCAGAAUUCAGUUCUUGUAAAUAUUUACUUGUAACAAAAAAUGUAUAUGAAAACUUGUGUGAAGAGAUUAUCGCUACAAUAUUCAAGUGAAGGUUUCGUUUUCUGGCCAUAGAGUUGUUUAACUCUGGAAGCAGCCUUACAACAGCAUCAGGCUGUGACAAAAUUGUCUGUGAAGUUUGCUGCAAAAGUAAAAUACUGGCUGACAAACAUCUAAUUGUUUCAUUUCCUGCCCAUCCUCAGAUUCUCAAACCAAAUGCAAUUUACUUUAUUAAAGUUUCUGAAUCUUAUUUUA